AUGGGAGGUAAGAAAUGGCCCAAGCAGGACCGUGGACGUGGCUAUGGACACGACAAGGAAGACUGGCGUGGUUGGGAGCCACAGCAGCCCUCACGGCCCUGGCGUGUUUGGCCUGGUGCCAAGGCGUCCCCGCGUUCACAAGGCAAGGACAGAUACGAUGCGGUGGAAGUGCCAGAGAAGCCGGCCAAACCAGAGCCGGCCUUGCCGGUUACAGGAUCGACUUUCCCCGGACUGCAGAAGGCCCUCACCAGCACACAUCGUGCAGAUGUCAGGGUGCGAAAGCUGCACGAGGAGCGGGAAAGGCGCGCCCAACAGUGGGAGGCAUGGGCUGCGGACCAGAAGGUCCGUUUUAUGAAACAGAGGAAGCUCUACGAGCAGGACCUGACGCGGAUCGACCGCGACCUCUCCGAGGCGACAGAGCAAGGCCGCAUUGCUGCUGCCCAAGUACAGGCUUUGGUCGUACAAGGGACUGCACCGAUGGAGACGACCGAGCCGGAGGCCUAUGGGCCAGCAUGGGAAGCCCUAUGGGCGCAGGUCUCUGCUCCCGCGGCGGAGCCGGCUUGCAACCCCGGCGGAUUCUUGCAGGAGGCCCUCAAUGCGGUUCGGUCGAACCGCUCUACGGAUGCAAGGACAGCUGCCCUGUUGCCACCACGCCCGGCACCGACUGGCCCUCCUGGAUGCGAUGCCGAGACCGUCAUGCGUCUUGCUAUGGCUCUAAAGAUGCAGGAAGAUGGGCUCCACAAUGGCCCACCGCCUGGUGGACCUGCCCCCUUCGCGGAGGCUCCGACAUUUGGGAUACCGCCUGGUUGUCCGGCGCCCUCGAAUGCAGCCCCUCCGGUCGUCUAUGCCGAGCCGCCAGGUCUGGAUCCUUAUGCCACUUCGCCCGGUGCAUUUUGCAAAGUUACUCCAGCUGUCUCUCCUUCAGCCCGUGCAGCCCCUUAUGGCGAUGUAAGGCCCGGGGUUGUGGAGCCUCCCGAGUAUGCUGCGCCGCCGACACCCGCCAUCGAGACGACCAUGGGCACACGUGCAACCACCCCUUUUGGGCUGGGCGGACAGACAGGAGUUAUGACCGUGACCCGUGGUGGCAUACCCCAGCAGUUUCCCAUCCACGUGGAGAACGACGACGACGAUCUGUCGGACGAUUCUGGCUUCACGGGCACGCUCGAGCCCACCGGAACUGGCGACACUUCGGCCCACGGAGGACCUGUGAUCUUGAUCUUCCCCUCUUGUGUCAAGGGGCCUGCCUUUCGCCCCGUCUGGUUGUCCGCUGUCUAUCGUUUCCUUCUUUGCUACACCCUGCCGGUACAGGUGUGGGCGGCGCCAGGUGCCGAUGAUGGGGGUGUUCUGUUCACACACCUUCUCCGUGACGAAGGUUCGGGCGGGGUCGAUGCUCCUAACCAUGCUGUUGCUGUCGAGGCCCACGGCACUUUGCCAUCUGUGUCGCUUCGUACGGACCAUGCCGCAGAUCCUGCCAAUACCCUGCUGCACUGCUUGGUUUUCGCUGCCGGUUACCGAACAGAGCAUCUCCUUUUACAUGUGCCACACGGCACAUGCGAAAGCGGCCUCGCUGCUCUCGCAUCAGCUGCCUCUGCACUGGUUCAGAGACUCUCUCCUGCACAGCUCUUCCCGGUACGACCGCAGCCUGGCCAGGGCUACGCCAAUUUUAUCAUCGUUCCGGACUGGAUUCCAGAGGCCAGGCGACAAACCGUCCUGCUUGACUUCUCUAGACUGCGUGGGCCCACCUUUGCGCAUGUCUUUCAUAAUCCGCUAACUUACCGCGACCUUGAGGCUGUCGCAGAAACACAAACCGAUGAGUUAUGGCACGCAUUUGUGCCUGAUGCCUUUGAACCGCUCGAGGUUGGUGGCGAGGUCAGGCUGGCAGAGGGGGCCCUAGUGUCCUUCUCUCCCCGGGACGUCCCGUUUGCUCGUGAUUCUGACCUCACCGUGCUCUUGGAUCGACCCUCCACCUGGCAGUCGGAGCCGGAACAGGUUUUGCUUGAAAGGCCUACCGCGGCAUGGCUCAUUCUACUGCCCCAGUCUACCCGCAGUUUCCCAUACUACGGCACUUUUACGCCCGACCUGCAGCAAGCCAUUGCCAGUCACAUGGACUGCCAGGUACAACAUGUCAGCUUCGGGCAUCCCACCGAGCCUCUCAAUGAUGUUGUCCAUCUCGGAAAGCUAUACGAUAAGCUUGCCGCCGCGGACUACCGGGCCGAGCACCUCCCUCCGGGGCCGAACCUGGGCUCCUUUGUCUUUGUUGAUGCUAGACAGUCUGCCAGGGGUCUGUGCUUCCUUUUUGAAGGGGAAGGCUUGACUGUACCGACACAGGACGGAGCACGGGUCCUAGGUUUGCAGCCGCCCCGCGGUUUCCGCACAUUUGCGGAACACCCUCUUCUUCAACGUGAAGGGCUCCCAGUUGUUGAUGGGCGUGUGCUCGUUCUUGGCUAUGAGCGUGACGAGUCCUCCGGGACGGACGAUGCGGCCCUUUCAGUUGAGGCUAGUACCGCACCGGAUGAUGCACUUGUCUUGGCGGCCAAGCGCCGCGAGGUACUCGAUACCAAAUACGAGCAUCUCGUGGUAGUCCAGCCCCAGCCGGACCGGCGGUUUUGCACUUUCAUUGCGCUCCCACUCUGGGCCACACAAGCUGUAUGUGUGGUUGUGGAUGCCCGUGCCGUGGACGGGAGGCUCUUUGCAGCGUGCUUCGAGAGUGGACUCUACCCCCGAUCGGUCCUAGUGCAAAUCAGCCUGCGACCUUCGAUAGGCUUCCAGGUCAUGCACAACAGGCAUGUGUAUCGAGCCCAGGAGGCGCUCGUGCUUGCUAAAGGGGAUGUUCUUUUCAUCCUUCCCGCCCAGGCUGCCUUGCCCAGGACUCGCCUGCUGCCAGACAUGCUUCGCCAGUCCUCUGACUGGCACGUCCCAGUGCCUGAUUUCCACGGCUUCCUGCAAACCCCUUACUAUCUGCUCACUGAUGCCUGGAACACUGUCGCUGACUUUCCAGCUUCCGCCUCUACAUCUUACGCUGCAUUGAGGCAAUUUGCUGUUGCCUUCUUGCGUUAUGAGGAUUACCGCACCUCUCUGCAAACGCUCCACCCCCGCAUUGCAGAUUACAAUUUCCAUGGCAUAUCUUGUCGAGCGAUCUUCAUCGCUACUGAACGUCCCAUUGGCUCCCCGGCACCUCCUGCACGUCCUAGGCCAUUACUGGUUGCUUAUGCCGUUGACAGGCGUGCGGUCCUUGCAGACAUAACCUGGCAUGUUACCCUUCAUGGCAGGGUUGACCCCGAUAUGCUUAUGGCUGAAUUUGAGCCUGCGCCCUCAGGUUUCUUUACCUCCAUCACUGGCGGUAUGCCGGAGCGCGAUGGCGACCGGACCUUUCUCCGGGUCGACCACGGGCAAGUGCUCACGGUUGUUUAUGAGGAGGAUAUGCUGGACACAGGUGAGGAUGCAGAACAACAUACGUCCGAUGGGGACCCCGACAACACUGAUGCCUCCAGCAGCACAUCAUCUGCACCGCCUGCCGCACCCAAGCCCGCACCAGCGCCCGUGCCAGGGGCACGUAACCGCAAGCGGCGCCUUGCGGAUGGUCCCUCGGGCGCCCCGGUUGUGCACGGACACAGGUUUGCCGUGAACGUUGUCGUAGGCUGUGUGCUCAGUACUCAACUUGCUGACACAGAAGCCGUGCCUCUUCAGCCAACAUGUUCCAUCCCUGUUGUCACGGUCGGCUCUUCUUGUUCAGCUGUUGUCGUUGCUGCUUUCCUUGUCUCCUUCUUCGGAGCCUUGCCACUGUGGGCAUCGGCUGCAUGGGCCACCUUGCGUCUUCUCGGCACCACAUGGAAAGCACUCGCCGGCACAAUCAGUGGGCUUGUUUGCCGGGUUGCUUUACUCCUGUGUCCGCGGCCAUCUGCCGAGAUACAGAGUCGUCCACCAGCACUUUCCUCCCAUAUUCUGCACGGCAGCCGGCAAGCCAAGCUCUUGCUCGAACCACGAGCCGAUAGUGGGCCCGCGCGCCUUGCCCUUGCCACACUGCGCUAUUUCGCGCCGCGACUCGGCGAAGCAUGGCGGUAUUUACCCGCUGAGGAUGCGGAGUUCAUUCCAACCUCAAGUGGCUCCGAGGAUCAGGAAGACAUUGACCUUGCAGACCACUUGACACUUUUUGUGCUCCUGGCACCGGGCUAUGCGCCUGAGCAAGUUGCGGUUAUGCUCCGCUUUCCUUCCACCCUUGUCGAGGCCAUGGACACGGUUCAACUUGCCCGCAACAGUGUGCAUAGCCCCUGGUUUCAUGUUCUGGCUCCCGUGGAACCGCAGCCGCAACCCGGCGUCGGUGUGGCGAUUGCACUUGCCGACUGGCAGAGACAGGAGCAAAUAGUCUGCCUCGACUGCACCCGCCUCGACGGGAGGCGUUUCGCAAUUGCCGCGCCGAGUUAUGCUGACAGACUUGCUCUCCUUCACCUUGCAGAUAUCCAGCUUAACCUUGGGGUUGUUGUCUACGUCGGAGAUGACCCCCAACCUUUAGCUGCGGAUGUCCAGGUUCAUAUGUGGACAGGCUUAGUCAUUUUCUUCAUGCCUCCCGAGCUUGCCCCCCCGCGGCCCUUCUCUCUAGCUUGGACCCUCACCGACUGGAGGAUGUGGCGGCGUUCUCCACCAGAGACACCCCCAGCAGGCCCAGAUGCCUAUAUUCUGGUGUACCAUGAUGAGACCAUACUUCAUCUGACAGACCCCCGGCGGCCCACCCGCCACCGCAACCAGAUUGCCGCCGCGUUGGGCUCGAUGCCCUGGUGUGCGGUCCUUCUUGACUUGCGUGCUUUGGGCCGGGGCUGGAAGGCUGUCACAGCGGUCCGGCACCAGCUGUCUUGCGACACUUUGCGUGAGGAGCUUGAUCAGGGUUCCCCAGACGGUUGGCAAGCCUGCCUGCACGACAUCCCUGAUGGGCUAGAUGAGAUAGAUGUACAUCCAGGACAGGUUCUAGUUGCGUACCUCCGCCCUGGCCGUCUAGCUGUCCCUGCCGCUGCGGCCCCGCGGGCACUUGCCGCAGGCCCUGCAAUUCCUAUACUUGCACCUGCCCUUGCUGCCACCGCAGAUGAUGCCGCGCCACUGACACACCCGACAGGGCCCCCGCGGUCCUUUGGCCCUCCUAGCCAGCCUACUGACCGUGCAGUGCCUGAAGGACCGGGAACCGACCCGGCCUCGGAUAUCUCUGUAGAGGAUGACAGCACUACUGUGUUGACCGCCAGCGUGCAGGCAGACUACCUCCCUGGUACCUUUCUUGUUCUGGCACAAGAUUAUUGUCCCGAACUUGUCCAUGCUCGGUUGCCAGUUGGAUGCACAGACAGCCAUGCCCUCGAACAGGUCGGGGCUGCCAGAGCUCCAUUUUCGCGGCUGUGUAUGCCCCGACUUGUCGUUGCUUAUCCGCAGACAGUUGCAGGGGUUGCGCUUAUGCUUGCGCUUCCCUUUUGGACCCCGGAUGGUGCCACGAUUGCCUGCGACUUGACACGCCUCACCGGGGUCGUCUUUUCCCUACAGCUCCCAAGCAUCGUACGACGGGAUGACCUGCUCCGUGCCUUGGGCGUCGACAUUGACGCGCCAGUUGACUUAUACCUCCGUGACUUGCCAUGGCCGCUCCCUCGAGGUGCGGUUUACGACCUGCGCACAGGCGACACCGUUGUUGUCACGCCUGUUGCGCAGGCCGCGCAUGCUCCCAUCCCUACCGGUCCCCUUAGCGCCCUGCUCGCCACAGCAGACGCUUGGAACCCUGACUGGGCCCCCGACGCUGCUUACCGGGAUACUGUUUGGCUUCUCACUGAGACUGGUGAUUUCAUGUUUACCGUCGCUAGUGGACGCCGCGCAUCUUUUAGGAAUGAUGUUGCGGCCUUGCUCCAAGUCCGAGCCGAUCGCCUUUUGCUUGCAGCCCCGGAUCCCGCUGUACAGGACCAUGCAGCCAAAGGAGUCCUCUCUCUCAAUGUCAUUGCGGUUCUAGGGGACGAGCCUUCAGAAGUUGCUUCCCGGCAAGGGGGGGCGCUCUGUUUCCUGGAUUGCAGGCCUGUUAUGUGCGGCCUUACUCGACUGUCCGUCACAGACGGCGUCCUUGAUACUGCGCGCCUCACGCGCCGAUUUGCACAGCGGUGUCCCCAGGGCUACCAGCUCUGCAGGCUCAGCCCGCACUAUGGUCCUUGUUCUCUUGCUGCGUUCUUGCCUAUCCGCCCAGGCGAGGUCAUUGUACUAGCGUUCAUGCCGGGCGACAGCGUCCUUGUUGAUCUCCCCAGCAUGCCACCAGAUGAUGGGACCGGCGCCGACCCAGGGCCUGCCACAGGGGGUCCCACUACCGGCCCUCCUGCCCACCAUGAGGCCACUGCUUCCGCCCCCGCUGAAGGCGACGCUAGCAGUCGAGGAAACGGCGAUGCCGGUACUGGCGGCACGCAGCGGGCCGGCCAUUGCUUUGUAUCACAAUGCAGUCCUGCCUCUAUCUCUGCCCCCGCUCCGCUCCGAGAGCUUGGUGUCAGUCGAGUAGUUAAGUGGCGACAAGCUUGUUUUAUCUACGGCUUGGCGUGCACCUCUAUCCUCCUGCACUGUGCCCUUGGGGCCCUACCAGGCAUUGUCGGGCGAUUGUGUGCCAGCGCCAUCAUCACCUCCUUCACUGCCCUCCUGCCUGCGUGCACUGCAUGUGCAGCGCUGCACUGGCGAGGCGCCAGACGCCCGCCUCUGGUGCUGUUCCUUGCCCUCCUUGUUGUUGCCCUCCCGCGGGGCUCUGGUUCACCCAUUUGCAGCGCUGGUGUUGCCUACGCCUUGCAACGCCUUGCCCGUCCUGUUGCCACACCAUGUCGCGUGCGUGGGGCUGCCAUGCACGUCUCAUACACUGCCGACUCCACAGGAGACACGUGUUCCGCUCCUCCCGCUCGGGUUGGACACCGGAUUGCACCAACACACAUCGCCCCUGCCGGUCCCUUUGUUCGUGCUGGUGUGACCUUAACCGAAGCUCCUUCCCUGGCUAACCCAGCAAUCCCGAUACGGAUCCUCCGCCCUGGCUUUGCGUGUGGACUGCCCACUCUACUCGAUCAUGCCGCUGCACUUGAUGAUGCCUGGGCCUCUCAUGCUUCUGCUCUGAUUGAGGGCCUUGUUACACGCGGCGCUGCCCGCACAGGUGCCAGGACGUUAAGUACAGACGCUAAGUCGGUCACUGACCGUCCUGCCGCUAGUGUGCCGGUCCUCCAACUCGCCGAUACUGUGCCCCUCACCCGCUACCAGAAUAGCUGCCUCGAGCUUCAGACUCUUGUGCCUGUCGCCUAUACCGUGCCUUGUUCAGAUUGGCUCGACAAUGACCUUAGGUUUUUGCGUGGUGCACCAGACACCUCUGCUGGUGUCAGCGCCGCCAUUCAGGACUUUGCCUACUGGCAUACAAUCAGCGAACGCGGCGGCCAUGCCCCCGCCCGCGUCCAUGUCUACACUGACGGGUCCGCCCGUGGCACGUGUGAACCACUUGCAAGUGCCCCUUGCGGAUGGGCGUUCAAUGUCUGGAUCGAGACUACUUCCGGCUGGUACUUCUAUGGGUACGCCGCCAGCACUGCAGUCGCCCCGUAUACCCGUUUCUUUCUUGGGGAAUCGGAUGACUCGCCCCUCACCAGCGAGUUGCUCGGCACCACGUGGGCAUUGGCAUGGAUUCUCGAAUAUGGCCCUAUGUUUGGCUGCCCAGUGCACUUACAUUACGACUGCACCGCUGCGGGCGAAGGCACCUUUGCGCAGGCUGCGCCUGCCCACACGCCAGAAGUCUUCGGGGGGCCUUGCCUGAGUCACGUUGCGGUCGCUUUCCGGCAAAUUGCCGCCGCCCGUGUCAGCCUCACCUCUGACUACAUUCCGGGCCACCAAGGUUUGCUAGGCAAUGAACUCAGCGACUCGCUUGCAAAGCAUGUGCGCAGACAGGCCAUUCCAAUUGAUGAGCGUGUCUUGCCAGAAUGGCCGGCUCGUCUUGCCCGCCAUGACCUACUUGAAUGGGCGUGGCUCGUGCACACGGCAGGAACCGACCUCCCUACGCUUUUCGCCUUUGAGUCCGAAGCUGGACGCCUGCAGAACUUGCCACCUCUGCCACGCCCCCCCCCUCAAUGUGGGGUCGGACAGCCCGCCGAGCAGCAUCCACAGCCAGUACACUACCACAUUAAGGCUGUUACCUUUAACAUCCUUACUCUUUUGGAAAGCGCACAUGCCAAACGCCGAGCCCCUGCCCCCACUGGCCUUCGGAUGAUGGGGCGACGACACGUUAUUUUGCGCCAGCUGCGGUCUGCGAAGGUACUCUUUGCCGGUCUACAAGAGACCCGAGUUCAGGACACUGCUUUGUUGCCGGACCGAACACACAUCCUCCUCCACUCUGGGGCAAACGAUGCAGGCAAUUACGGCUGUGCCCUUUGGGUGAGUAAGAGUGUACCGUAUGCCCACGUCGAUGGCCAGCCCCUUUGCCUAGAGCCAAAGCAUUGCACUGUUUCAGCUGCUUCUCCCCGGCACCUCGUUGUCUGUGUUGAAGCACCACACCUCCGACUUGGGGUGAUUGUGGUCCACGCACCUUCCGACCCACAAGACGAGCAGGGUGUCCUACAUGCCUUUUGGGCCGCACGAACUCUUGAACUCGGCCGCUUACCCAAAGACAUGCCAGUCUUAGUACUUGCCGAUGCCAGUUCUCGCCUUGGUAGCCUUGAAAGUGAAGCGGUCGGCUCGCAUCAUGCCGAGACCGAGACACCAGCAGCUGCUCACUUUCACAGCUUUUUACUGCGUAACGGCCUCUGGCUACCUGCCACUUUCGCCGGCACCCACACCGGUCCUUCCUGGACCUGGCAAUCUCCCCGUGGCGACCAGCAUCGCAUAGAUUAUGUCUGCCUGCCGCAGGCAUGGACCUCCUUUGCAUGCUCGUCCCGGGUCUGGCAUACGUUUGAGGCCCUCCAGCAGCGAUGUGAUCACCUUCCUGUCACACUUGAAUGUACCUUUGUGCGCGAAAGCCGAUCACAUAUCACCGAUUCCUUUCGACGGGUUGCAUGCCGUCCUAAUGACCUCGAUCCCUCCAUCGACAAGCAAGCCUUUUGCCGUGCUUUGCUCGAGGCCCCGCCGGUUGACUGGAACCUAGAUGUCGAUGGUCACUUUGGCGCCUUUGUCACGACCUGGACCGCUGCCGGUCGGUCCGUACAGCCCAAGACAACUGCCCGUCCUCAGCAAAGCUUCUUGUCAGCGCAUGCACUUGGCCUUAUUCGCCAACGCAAAGAUACCCGUAUAGCACUCCGUGCUGCGGAAAAGGAACUGCACCGGCGCCUCCUCAUCAUUGGUUUCGCUGCCUUUACGCAUUCGCGGGCACAGACCUGGCUCACUGCUAUCGAUGUGCUGGCUACCUGGGGAUGGGCCCGCCAGGCAUGCCGAGAUCUUGCUGUCACAUGGAACCGGCUAAACCAGCUGUGCACCAGUGCCCGACAGGCCGUCAAGUCCGACCGCUGCCGUUAUUUACAGCGGCUCGCGGAUGACGUUAAGCAUGCUGACCUCCGCGAUCCGCGCCACCUCUACCAAUGCGUCCGCCGGGCAUUUCCCAAAGCUGCCUCUGCGAAGCGAUCCCGCUUCACUCCGCUUCCUGCGGUCACUCUUGCCAAUGGCAUGCUCGCAGCUACCGGCGUCGAGCGGGCUGCACGCUGGAACAGCCACUUUGCCGCACAGGAAUGUGGAACGAUUGUGACCUCUUCCGCCUACUGCGAGCAACUCACCACAGCCACUGCCAUGCCACCGCCCUCGCAGCCACCUGUCUUUGACCAGCGCCUGCUUCCCUCGCUCGCGGAACUUGAGCGGUCAGUGCUACAGCUCAAGCGGGGCAAAGCAGCAGGGCCUGACGGAGUGACCUCGGAGUUGCUCAAGUUGGCUGUCCCAACCGCAGCACGCCAUCUUCUGCCUCUUUUUGUCAAAAGUUUGCUCACCCUGCGCGAGCCCGUCGAAUUUAAAGGUGGUGCCUUGAUGACGCUCGCCAAGAAAGCGUCAGCCGCUUUUGAGUGUGACCGAUAUAGGAGCAUUCUUCUCUCGAGCGUGCCAGGAAAGCUGCUGCAUAAAAGUUUGCGGAAGCGCAUUGCGCCCCUCCUCCAGCAUGCAGGCCAUGAUCUCAUGGGCGGUGUCCACCCAGGGGUUGGAGUGGAUUCAAUCUCCACGGCGGUGCGCAGCUAUCAAGCGCACGCCCAGGCCACCGGAGGCCACCCCGCUGUGAUAUUCUUUGAUGUCCGAGCGGCCUAUUACCAGGUCGUGCGUGAGACACUCACCGGUGCGGCCCCGGACGAUUCUGUCCUCAGGUCCCUUUUCUGCAAGCUCGGUGUACCAGCUACCGCCCUUGCUGAACUCCGUGACCAUCUUACCAACCUCAACCACAUCAUCGAUAGUGGCGGGUCGCAGCACCUCGAGGCUUUCACUCGUGAAUUGUUCCGGGGGACAUGGUUCAGGCUCGACCAGCACAUCGAACUUGUCGCCACUGCUGCUGGGGUCCGCCCUGGCGACCCGCUAGCAGAUGUGUUUUUUGCGCUUAGUUUUAGCGCCUAUAUACAGUCCGUGCAGACCUCGCUCCAGCGUCAGACCCUGGUCACUACGCUGCCACCAUGCGCUACAUGUCUGCCGGUCGACGGGCACACCGAGCCGAGGGCUCUGCCUCCCGCGUCUUGGGCGGACGACUUCGCCGCCAUGUUGUCGGCAGGUAGUCCCGCACAAACCGUUUCCAAAGUCCGGGUCACGACAUCGGCCUUCCUGACGCACGCCACUUCCAUUGGCAUGCAGUUGUCUUUUGCGGUGGACAAAACAGCUGCGCUGUUGCCACCAGCUGUGCUCUUUGCUGGUGUUUGUGAGCCCUCGCCUCGCGAUUCCCCUUACGAGUACUUUAUACCCGUGCGAGAUGACAUUACAGGCCAGGAGGUCCACCUACCGGCAGUCCAAGCCUACAAGCACCUUGGAGGGAUUGUUACCUGCUCUGCAUCCCUCCUUCCCGAGGUUUACUAUCGCUUCUCGCAGUGCACUUGGACGCUGCGGCCGCUCCGUGGGUCCCUCUUCGGGAACCCCAGCAUCCCACUGCCGUUACGGCGUACUCUGCUUGGUUCGCUUGUCGCCACCAAGUUUACGUUCGGCUCAGCCACCAUGGAGCUGCACGUUGCAUACCAGUGGCGGCUGUGGGCAAGGCUUUACACGUCUAUCUGGAAAGCCCUGCAGCCCCGGUCUUCUGCCGUCAGCAAAAUCCAUUCUUAUGAGAUUCUGCGGCAAGCGCAAGCCCUUGCCCCGCCACUUGCCCUCGCCAAGGCCCCUGCCAGUUUAUACUUGAGGGUGCUGGAGCACGGGCCUGCGACCCUGCUCCAUCUGUGGUGGCUUCAGUGGGAGUCCGCUCCGGGGCGCUCGUGGCUUGCCAUGUUGCAGGGUGAUCUUGAAUACGUGGCUUUGUAUUGCCCUGCCGUGCGGCUUGUCCUCGACUCCCCCAUUCCCCUCGUUGCCCUAACGGAGGCCAUGCUGCAGGACCGCACGUGGUGGCGACGGCAGAUCAAUGCUGCAACGAGGAUCUACUUUGCUGAUCUCGAGCGAUGGGCACACCAACGCAUUGAGCAAGUCGCGGGCCCAACGCCAGCCCCCUCGCAGGCUGCUCAGGCUUACUCCUGCCCCUUUUGCACCGCCAGCUUCCCACUCAAGAAGCAUCUAAGUGUACACAUCGCUCGACGGCAUGGCCUGCCAGCGCCAAAACGCCUCUUUGCUCCACACGCCACGUGCCUCGCCUGCCUCAAGCAUUUUCACUCCAUCCCAAGGGCACAAAACCAUCUUAAGAGUGUGCCUCGCUGUCUCGAGCGGGUACACCUCUUAAUGCCCCCGAUGGAACUGCCAGAGGUGAAGGCGAUUGAGCAUGCCGACCGCGCUUAUCAAAAGCGCAUCCGCUCUGGCUGUUGGCAGGCGUUCGAUGCCAACCGUCCGGUGCUCCAGGCCUACGGCCCCCCUCAACCGACGCGCGCAGAACUUCUGAGCGCGCUCGGGGAAGAGGGCAGCAUCUCAGACUUCUGGCUCAAUCCUCCAGCUGGGCACAAGCACAAUCCUUUGAGCUUCGUGGCCUGGCACGGCUACGGUGGAAUGCGCAAGUCCUCGCUGAUGAACUUGGCUGAAUGGUCGGUGACGUGGUGGGGUGAGCGGUUGGCAUUGUACUCUGAGCUCGUUUCCGAUCGCUUGAAGGUGCCCCUGGAUGAGAUGAUAAGCGCCGCCAAAGUUUCCUUUGAAGAGGCUGGGGAGUCCGAUACGCGGAGAACGUUGUCAAUGAUUUCAAACUGUGCCAAACGCCUCCACGAAAUGGUGAGCAACAUCAACAUGGCCUCUGAGCUGACACGGGAAAAGCCCAUCCAACUUCAUCCUUCUCGGGUGCAGCUGCAAACUAUUAUCGAAGAGGUGAUGCUCCUUGUCGGCAAGUCCAUACAAGAGCGCAUGGACAAGCUGACAACUGGCCCCGCUGGGCUCGGUAUUCGCCCAAAAAUCCAGCUCAUCAACCAGAUACGGUCACCAUUGCCGCUUAUCGAAGCCGACGAACAUCGCUGCACGCAGCUCUUCUACAACCUCGUGGCCAACGCGGUGAAGUUCACCCACGAAGGAACGGUCGAGUCUUCUGCGAGCUAUGACGAUUCCGAGGAGAAAUUGGUUGUCCGAAUCAAAGACACGGGUAUCGGCAUCGCUGCAGCGAACAUCGAGCGCAUCUUUGAACCUUUUGACCAGGAGGACAUCUCUGAGAGUCGGAGAUACUCCGGACUUGGGCUGGGUUUGGCCAUCAGCCGCGAAAUCGCCCGGAAGCACGGGGGCGACAUCACAGUGGAGUCCGUACAAGGGCACGGGUCGACGUUUAUCGUGACCUUGCCGUACAGGCUGGCGUCUUGGCCAGACUUGGAGGACGUUUCCGCUGGAAUGCCAAGACUGGCAUCAGUUCAGGAUGCGGUUGGGGACAGUGCAGCAGAGAAGGAGGUCAAGCUGGUCUUGAAGCCCAUGCCAGCUAAACGGCUCUACACGGGCGGUCAGUUUCUCGGCGUCCACACUUUGCGCCAGAAAAGCAAAGAAAAGCAAACGAUCGAAGCUGAGGAUCCCCGAGAGGAGCCAGAAGAUCCUUCGGAUGUCCCGGUCAUGACCUCGGAAGCCUCUACGGAUGCCGCUUCCGUGCUGGCAUCGACAGCCCUGCAGAUACAGAAGUAUCACGAGGAGAUAGGAGUGGCUAGGGCCCAGGCGGUUGAGCUGGAGAAGCGCGUGGAGGAUCUCAAACAGCGAGUCGCCCAGAAACAUGAUGCGUCGGAGCAGUUCCAGCAGCAGGCGGCGUGCGUUAAACAGCGAGUGCUGGUGCAGCGAGAGCUUUGCAAAGAGCAAUCUCAGCUUUGCCAGCGAAUCCAAUAUCUGCAGAAGGCCACAGAGAUGCAGGCGAACCUGCUCUUCAGCCAGCAGAUCAAGGAUGUCUACGCGUUCAGUACUGUGGAUCUCAAAGAUCCCAAGAUUGCUGAAGUGGAAAAUACGGCCCUUGAGGCUGUGAAAGAGGCAGAAGCUGACAGCAAGAAGCCACUACAGCGACUGACGGAGAUUGCCCAGACCCUGGAGGGGCCGGAGCGAGCCGAGCUUCUGCGUCUCGCCGACGGUUUCGGAGAAAGCUUCGGAUUGCUGCAGGCAGACCUGGGGCAGAAACAGUACUUCUUGCAAUCGGUUCAGGAGCAGAUUCGGAACCCGUGGUUUCGACUCUAUGAGGCCAUGCCCGGAUGA